AUGCUUGCUGCAAGUACUGAACGAGGCCUUGCCGUUAAAUGCAAUCCAGCAACAGGCAGUGUUGAUAAGCAUUUACUUUAUAGUACGGAUGACGGUGUUCCGCUGCGUGUAAAUGCAGUGCAAGUGGAAGGACAACGCAUUUUAUGGGGAUUCAACCCUGGUUACAUCACCAUGACUACACGACCCAAAUCAGUCGUUGGUAGGCAACUGCGAGUGUUUGCCGAAUUCCAUCAGGGUGCAGUUACUGCUUUGGCAUUGCCAGCGUUUGCACCAGAUAUCGCACUAAGUGCAGGUGAGGAUGGCGCAAUUAAAAUUUGGGUGGUUCCUACUGUAUCUUGCGCGAAAACUUUUGUUGGUAUUGUCGACACUCCCACGUGCCUUGAAGUGACCAGGGAUUACCGGAUCGUUGCUGGUUACGCCAAUGGAACUAUUGUUAUCUGGAAUAUUCGUGUGGAUCAGCUUGUGAAGGAUUUCCGAGAACAGCUAAGACGACGCGACGUGGGCGAUCGAACACCGCCAGCAGUCGAAACAACAAAUUCGACGACGAAUAUUUUUGAAUCUCGACGAGUCAUUGCACCAGCAACCGCCGAGACAUCGACACCGGUACAAGCAAUCAAACAUGACUUGACGCAUUAUGGAUCUCACGAGGUAUCAAAGUACAAAAUGACGACCGGUGAACGGACUGGCGUAUAUGGAUGGGGCCAUGAUAUUGGAACAAUUACUUGUAUGGAAUGGGAUGUUGCUCCUCCUACAGAGACUGGGUCUCUCCAGGCUGCUAUGAAGUUGCGUACAAAAAUGGCCGGAGCAACGUCGACGACCUCAACAACAACAAAAGAUCCCCCAUAUAUGGCUCAAGCAGGAGCCUCAAAAAACUCUUCCCAAGUGAUGAUGACACGGUUGCUUGUCACUGGUGAUACGGCAGGCACCGUGUGCAUCUGGGAUGGAGAUGCAACAAGUAUAGACGGACGUAAAGUUAGACCCCUACGUAUUUUGCAUGGACAUUUGGCACCUAUUAGUGCUCUUUUCGUGGAUUCUUUCAAGGUGGUCAGCGGAAGUGACGAUGGUUGGAUUAGGAUUUGGGAUCCACUCACGGGGUCCCUGGUCAAUGUUUUAGGCAAUAAGAUUCCAAAGAAUGCACCUGUGGAUCGUAACGAUGUAAGCGUUAUGCGAGUAACGAAUCUUCACUGCGACGAUUAUCGUGGUGUUGCUACGAUUGGCCAUCAAGUCAAGACAUGGGACUUUUCACCCAACAAGCAAAUGCUGAACAAACGCAACUUGCGACGAAACAAUGUGCGUGUGGGUGCUGGCGAUUCGCGCCAACUCCAUUACGAGAUAAAACAGGAAUGGAAAGAAUCGGCCGAAGCGAUCGAACAAGAACGACAGGAACGAGAACGAGAGGCUAAGGAAUUGAACAAAAUGACAUUGGGUGGAUUAUCGGAUGAAGAAAUGCUUGCAUAUGCCGUGAUGUUGUCGCAAGAACAAAAAGGAGGGGAACAUCAGAACGAUUGCUUUGCGAUUGAAGAAGGAUUCAUCAGCAACAGCAACAGCGGUGGCGGCAGCAGCAGCAGCAAUAACAACAACAGCCUCGCACCAACAACUGACUAUAUCGAUGAAGACGAUGAAGAGUUGAUGAUGGCUAUGAUUGCAAGCUUGGAAAUGUCAUCAACUGGUCAGAACAGUAGUAACGAUGGUGGUAGUAGUAAUAGCAAUACUACAUCAUCCAGCAGUAAUAGCAGCACAUCGUUACCUGAGGACCUCACAGAAUGGCCUACCGUGGCUGAUGGCAAUGAAAACCGAAAAUGGCAAAAGUCAAGCACCGUGCGUUCUCGAAAUAUCUGGAAUGACACCCAAACUCGUAUCACCAGCAAGGCUCAACACAACAGCAACAACGAUAACGAUAACGACGAAAACGAUGAUGAACUGCAAUAUGUGUUGCGUAUGAGUCAGAAGGAAUUUUAA